GAUGGGGUUAGGAGAGAUUGGUUUUUUGUCAAUAUUUGUUAGGUCUAGUCAUGAUUCAGAUGAUUUGGUAUAAUCUUGUGUGAUUUUCGUUAACAAUUUUGACAGGAUGGUAGAAAACGAGAUAAGGACAACAUGCUUGAAAUACAUAAAGACUCUGAAGUUAAAAGGCACAAACGUAGAGUUUGACACAUGUCUUACCACAUUACAAGAUCAAGCUGCCACAAGGGGAUUAGAUGACGAUAUUCUCAAUCAGCUCUUAGAUGUUAUUAUACAUAUAGAUUUAGGUGCAAUGAAACGGGUGUCGUUGAUAAAAUGUUUGAUUCCACGGUACAAACUGUCUGAGAAAAUAGUGAAAACUGUAAUCACUUGGUGUCUUUCUUCAUUAAAUAAUUUGCCAUUUACCGUUAGUGUAAUUAUUAUACAAUGGAUCAUAGGUAUAUGGGAUUAUGAAUUAGUAGAUAGAAAAGUAAUCAACAUCUAUUAUGACAUCUUCUUUUAUAUUAUGCUCAAGAAACAGAAACUGGCACGUUAUAUAGCACGUCUUAUUUAUGUGCUGACUAAACCAGAAGAUGUUUCACGCAGAGAUGUCACAAGAUUAUUAAUACUUCAGAAAAGUUACUCUAAACCUCCAACACAUAUUAUUGCAUUACUUUCCUUAUUUAAAUCAUAUAAACCAGAAUUAGUACCUGAGAAAAUAGAAUCAGUAAAUAUAGAAAGUGUAUGGAAACCUAUUCCUGAAAUCAUACGAUUAGCAUUGGAAGAUGCCAGAGAUCGUGCGGAAAUUCUACAAUCUUGUCAAAGCACUCAACCUUUCUUUAAGUGGAACGUAAUACAGAAUUUAAAAGUUAAAAAAAGAACAAAGGCGCUCCUACCAUCUGUUGGUUAUUUUCAUAUGGGUUCAAGUAUUUUUAAAGAUAAAGAUGCAAAGUCAAUUUUUGAUAUAAAUAGUAUAGAAGAAUUAGGAAAGUAUCAUCAGAAUGUUGAAUUGCCUUGCAAUGCUGUUUCGCUUUUGGCAAAUAUGAUUGGUUACCAUCUUCUUACAUUCGCGGACUUUCAGUACCAAAGUAGAUUUUCGUACAAUCUUUACAAUACGCUUACAAGAGCAUUUAUACUGGAAAAUGGAAAGUUUUCCAAGGAGGAAAUGGAUAAAUUUUUAACUAUGACAAUCGAAUUUUCUCGAUACAUGCAGGAAGGAAUACUUAUAGUUAAACUAUUCUUUGAUGAAUAUUUAUAUUACAAUUCAGGAGAACAUUUGUUAAGGUUGCUAGAUUUGUUGCAAUGGAUGACUUCUAUAUCAGUGACUGAGUUACGAGAAAACAUUCUACUACAUGUACAGAAUAUAUUUUAUGAAUCAAGUUUAAACGUAAAAUGUGAAAUAAUUAGAUCUCUACAGAAACUAAUUACGAACUUGUUUGUAAGACAAGGACUUGAAGAACAGGAUCAAUAUGCAUCAUCCUUUUUGCAACAAGGUCGAUUAGAAGAUUUAGCAGAGAUCAUACCUGUGAUUACAACAAUAUUAGAAAAUCUUAUUAUUUGUGGGUUGAACAUACACAAUUACGAUAUCAUAUUGUUAUCAGAAUGUUUAGCAUUUUAUGAAGAGAUCUGUACAUUAGAAAGCCGUAGUUGUGUAUUAUCUUGGACAUUGCCGCCACCAGCAGUCAUCUAUGGAGCAUUUAUUACGAAGAGUUGUGCUAUCUUGUCGAGAAUUUGUAGAUUACUAUUGAGAUAUCGCGAAAUGAGUCCACAUUUACGCCAGAUUAUGCUAUCAGAUAAAUACGAAGAAAAAAUUUGUAUUUUAUCUAUUUAUGCAAAUGAUAUUUAUAAAGCAUUAUGGUAUGAUGAGUCUUUUAGUGAGAGUGGUAACAUUUUGAAAAAUCUUUCAAAAAAAGUACGCAACGAUUUAGGAGAUUGUGAUCUGGAGACUUUAUUGAAUAUUAGCAAUCAUUAUGCUAUAUUAUCCUACAGAUGCACACUAAGUAAAAGAGGCUUAAAAAUAAAUACAAAAGAGGAUGCUAAGACUAUGGCUUUUUAUUAUUUCCCGGCAGUAAAUGAAUUUCUCGCUGCAUUUAAUGAAUGACUGUCUC